GGGGGUGCCUUGGCGAACGUUCCCCCAGGGCCCCACCCAGUGGGGUGAAGAAACCAGCACCCAGAGCGGCCAGGCCACUUGGCUUGGGUCGCACAGCCGCAGGAGGCAGAGCCAACUCCGACACCAGAUCCAGAGACAGCGAGAACAUGGCCGCCUGGGAUGAAAAGGGAGCCGGCAGAGGACACGGCCAAGACGCGACCAUGGAGGCCGUCAGCCGCAGGGCCAAGGUGGGCCCUGGCGAGAGGAUGAGCAAGUUCCUGAGACACUUCACCGUGGUGGGAGACGACUACCACAGCUGGAACGUCAACUACAAGAAGUGGGAGAACGAGGAGGAGGAAGAGGAGGAGGAGGAGCAGCCGCCUGCUGCACAGGCUUCCUGCGAGGAGGGUGGAGCUGCGGACCCCGAGGCCGCCCCCGCCCCUGCGCCCCGGCCCCCUCCCGACUUCAGGAGCUCCCUGAGGAAGCUCUUUAGCUCGCACAGGUUUCAGGUCAUCGUCAUCUGCCUGGUCGUCCUGGACGCAUUGCUGGUGCUGGCCGAGCUCAUCCUGGACCUGAAGAUCAUCCAGCCCGACAAGAACAACUACGCCGCCAGGGUGUUCCACUACAUGAGCAUCAUCAUCUUGGUCUCCUUUCUGCUGGAGAUUUCCUUGAAGAUAUUUGUCUUCCGCCUGGAGUUCUUCCACCACAAGUUCGAAAUCCUGGAUGCCGUGGUGGUGGUGGUUUCGUUCAUCCUCGAUAUUGUCCUCCUGUUCCGGGAGCACGACUUUGAGGCUCUUGGCCUGUUGAUUCUGCUCCGGCUCUGGCGGGUGGCCCGGAUCGUCAAUGGGAUAAUCAUCUCGGUGAAGACACGUUCAGAACGGAAACUCCUACGGCUGAAACAGAUGAAUAUCCAGCUGGCCGCCAAGGUCCAGCACCUCGAAUUCAGCUGCUCCGAGAAGGAACAGGAAAUCGAGAGACUCAACAAGCUCUUGAGACAACACGGACUUCUGGGCGAGGUGAACUAGACCAGCACGGCUUCCCCGAGAGAG